AUGGCCUCUCCAAACUCCCCCGCCGCGGUCACUAUGAACUCACCUAGCUCGACAUCACAAGCCCCUGUCGAAAAAGCCUCCGCUCCUCCAGUUAAUACCCUCCCCUCCCAACUAGCGCAGACAUACUCAUAUGCACACCCGGUACUUCUCCUUGCGCUGGGUGCGUCGCGGUUCAAUGCUUUGGUGGAGAACCCUGUACAGGAACUCCUGAAGGAUCUCCCAUGGCUUGCUCUUCUGCAGCUUGUCUAUGUGCUACUCUGUCUUCCUCCUGCUGGGACAACGGUCCCCGUCUCUGAUGGUCCCUCUGGCCAUGAUACCAAAAGCCCCCGUUCGCGUAAACCUGGCUACCGACGAAAGAACUCUGGAAAGAAUGACUGGGCGGGGAUUUGGGCUAAGCUGAUGCCUGCUUUCCUCUCUAUGUCUUUAAGCUUCCUCCUUGCUACGCCCGUUAUUGCCGUUCUCCUCGUCCUCUUCGGUGCCCCGCUCACAACCCACAAUUACGAGACUGUUCUCUGCGCAGCUCAUAUGGCUCUUCUCUCCGCUUCUGGAUUGAUUUACGCGCAUGGCGUAGAGGCCUCCGUAUGGAAGGAGGUCUGGGGUAUUGCUCGACCUGCUGAUGCUGUUUGGGGUAGCGCUUUGGGGACUGGUCUGGGUGCUUGGCUCGGUGCUAUACCUAUUCCUCUUGAUUGGGAUCGUCCGUGGCAGGCAUUCCCUAUUACUAUCCUGACUGGUGCGUACAUUGGGUAUGCGUUCGGAUCAUUGUUGUCUAGAACUCCGUUUAUCUAUGGUAAGCGCAUCCAGUUUGCGCCCGAGCAGGAAGAAGAGGAAGAGAAGACCAAUUAG